AUGUCCAGUAGCAUCUAUCUAUCUAUCUUAUUUUACUUUAUCUAUCUAUCUAUCUAUCUAUCUAUCUAUCUAUCUAUCGCGUCCUGGAUUUAUUUUCCGAAUUUGGCGUUGGAUAACUUCACGGUUAAAAUGAUUACGAAACCUUUGCAAUAUACACUUAUUUUGAUUAUCGCAUUUCUUAUUUGGUGGACGUUUUUUCUUUGGAUUGGUAUGAAGCCGAUUGCUCUGAAAUCGGUUAGGUACAAAAAAAACUACGGAGAAUUGCAUAACGACUACUCGGCGAUUCGUAUUCUUCGGAGAAGCCUGGUCCAAAAACUCCAGGAACCACUGGAAACCAAUUCUUCUUUGAUUCACCUCUGUCAGUCCUACAACGCGACAGACCCAAAUAUUUGCUUCGUAAAACUUAAGUGUUAUCUUAACGAAACCAAAAAUCCCUGCCAGAACGUGUCUUGCUUUAACUGCAACUUCCGGUAUUACGACAAACAGAUUAACAAACAGAUUAUCACUUUUCAUUACAAACUGUUCGAAGAUCCUAAAUUCAUACGCCGGAAAGUGUGCAGAUUUCUUGAAGACUAUCAUUAUCACUUACCGCACGACACGUCGCUACACGGGGUACUGCGUUGUGUGACGUGUGACCAUCACAAGGGACAGGAAACGCUAUCCACUUCUGUGGCUAUGCAGGCCUUUCAAUCAAACUGUAAAAGCCAAUCAAAGAACAGAGGCAUGCUUUUGGGAACGAACGUCACUGUUCCGAGUAUACAUUUGUUUUAUUUCCGAUUCUUUUCUCGACAGGAAUUUCAGUCGAAAUUUCACCGGACUAAUGCGCAACUGAAGAAGAUACAGUCUGCUUUGCAUGCCGAUGUCUACAACUUCACGAAACAUCAAAGCACGAAGAUCAAAUACGCCGAAGGUUUGAAGCAGCUUCUCUGCGGCGAGCUGCCGACCUCUGGCAUGGAAUCGGGAGAAUUCACCUGCAACAAUUCGCUCGCUCAUACAGCGGCCAUGCACGGCUACAAGACCUACCUGUUCGAUCACACCUGCGAAGAAUCAAUGUCUGGAACGAUAAGGAAACUUUUCAGCAAUUUUUUCCGACAUGCCGAUUUUGGAACCGAUCGACAAAGCCAUAAUGCUUUUAACGAUCUGCCACGCAGUCUGCGAGACAAGUUUUGCCAAAAGCAGACAUCCAAAGACGGCGAGGACGCAGACCUGUCCGGUUUCUUUGAUUAUCACAAAAUUCUUAACAAAAUGGAAGGAAGUAACGGCUACCUUCUAUUUUCUAUUAUUCGGACGUCGGACAUCAGCGAGAGCCACUUGGACAGCGUCGACAAACGUUUAGCGUCAGUUGUGGAAUACCUAAGCCGAAAGAAGAACACGGCUGUUAUUCUAAUUGGCGAUAUUGGGCACGGACUUAGUCCCCCUGGAUGGAAAAACUUCCGAAUAACUCAACUCUCAAAUCCACCUCUAAACAUCGUACUGUCGAAGCGGCUACAGGCGUCUCUUGGAAAGGAGAAAAUACAAAAUAUAUAUAAAAACAGACAGCGACUGGUGACGCUCAAAGACGUUCAUCGUACGAUUAGAGACAUUUUAAUAAAUGGUUAUUAUCGAGAAACAGACGAAGUGACUUUUGAUAGCCGUCUCGGUGAUAACGAAAUGAAUUUCGGUCUCUUUCACCCGCUUCCUCAAAGUCGGUCGUGCGCAUUCUUACGCGUCACGCAGCCGCAUAUCUGCUUAAACGAAAACGAGGCUGUCCCUUUCGAGAACGACAGCAUUCAAGUAGGCCUGGCCGAAUUCGUGCUUGGCCGCCUCAACGAACGCAUCCAAACCGACAUCGAGGCCGAGCAAAACGACUCAGGCCUGUUUAUGCUCUCGCCGUUCGGCCAUUGCCGUCGCCUGAAGGGCAUCACUUUUGGUAACAUCCAAAGGUGGUGGGAAGGAGACCAGGUGUUGACGCAAAUGGAUAUCCACGUGCUAGGCAAGGACGUUCGGAAUCUGGACACCCUAACCGUUCUUUUGUCGAUGAACGACAACAGUGGCGUACCGGAUGUGAAGCUGCUCUCUUACCGGCGAAAUAUGCACUCCAACAGCAGUUCACAAAUUUGCUACAGGGGAAAUCUAGACUACGACCUGUGCCGGUGUAUCGAGACUGGGGCCCAAAGCAUGGCCUCCUGGAGGUCAGCGUAUCUUCGAAUGACCUUCAGCAAGUCUUUUGGCGUCACGUCCAAGGUGGCUAAUAUAAAUAACCAGUGCCUGCUGCUUUUGAUGAGGGACUACACUAACAGUAUUGUGUUUGAAGCAACCAAUAUUUGCGAGGGGAAAGAAUAUGUUGUCGGUUUAUAUGUCGAAACGUGGAACAUGAUAUCUCUGGAGAAAUUACCUGUACGAAAAACAGUGAAACCGUUUCAGGCGAAAUUCCUCACGGCGAUUGUGCAAACUUCAUAUCUGAGACCGGGGAGUUUUACCAAAUAUCAAACUUAUUUUUUUGUUAAGAAAUAA